AUGGCGACGCCCGGGAUCGCGUCCGGCUUCGCGUCCGUCCCCGCGCUCGAUCGCGCGCGCGCCCGCGUCGGCUUCGCGUCCAGCGCGUCGUCGCGCGCGCGCCCGCGUCGGCCGCCGAGCGCCCCCGCGGUCGUCGCCGGCGACGGCGACGGCGCCGUGGACGAGGACGCGACGAACGAGAGGAUCAUCGACACGGAGCUCAGCGUGGAGGCGUCGCAGUCGUACCUCGCGUACGCGAUGUCCGUCAUCGUCGGCAGAGCGCUCCCGGACGUCCGCGACGGCCUGAAGCCCGUCCAUCGACGCAUCCUCUACGCGAUGCACGAGCUCGGCUUGGACUCGAAGAAGCCGUUCAAAAAGUGCGCGCGCGUCGUCGGCGAAGUCUUGGGGAAGUUCCACCCGCACGGCGACCAGUCCGUGUACGACGCGCUCGUGCGCAUGGCGCAGGACUUCUCGAUGUCCGCGCAGCUCGUGGACGGGCACGGGAACUUCGGGUCGCUGGACGCGGACCCGCCGGCGGCGAUGCGGUACACGGAGUGCCGGCUGCGAUCCGUCGCGGAGGCGAUGCUGCUCGCUGACAUCGACGCGGACGCGGUCGACUUCACGGAAACGUUCGACGGUUCGCAGAACGAACCGUCGGUGUUGCCCGCGCGCCUGCCGAACAUUCUCAUCAACGGCAGCACCGGGAUCGCGGUCGGGAUGGCGACGUCGAUCCCGCCGCACAACUUGAGGGAAGUCGCGGACGCGCUCGCGGUUUACGCCGCGGAUCCGGACGGAUGCACGUUGGACGACCUCUUGAAGGUGAUGCCCGCGCCGGACUUCCCGACGUCCGGGAUAAUCAUGGCCCCGAAGGAAGGGAAAGGGUUCAGGGAUAUGUACGCCACGGGGAAAGGGAGCGUGACGCUCAGAGGCGCGGCGCACAUCGAAGAGAUCAAGACGUCGGUUAGGGGAAAAAACGCGACGACGAAAAACGCGGUGAUCAUCACGUCGAUUCCGUAUCAGGCGCGUUCUAUACACUGGUCCCCAUACGACCGCGUCGGCGUGGUGAACGCCACGAACAAAGCGUCGCUGUGCGGGCAGAUCGCGGACCUGGUGAACAGCCGGCAGCUGGACGGCGUCGUCGACGUGCGGGACGAGUCCGAUCGCGACGGCAUGCGCGUCGUCGUCGAGAUCAGGCGGUCGGGGGAUCCCAACUUUGUUCGCGAGCAGCUCUACACGCGGACGAGGCUGCAGGUGCGAGUGAGCGUGAACCUCGUCGGCCUCAUCGGUCGCGAGCCGAAGGUGCUGACGCUGAUGGACAUCAUGCGCGAGUUCCUGGAGUUCAGAUGCGAGAGCAUCGAGCGCCGCGCGCGGCACGAGCUCUCGAAAGCGAGCUCGCGGCUGCACGUCGUGGAGGGAUACCUCGCGGUGCAAGCCGCGCCGGACGCCGUCGUCGCCGCGAUCCGAGCCGCGAAGGACGGCCCGGAGGCGCAGAAGACGCUUCAAGAGGCGCCGUUCUCGCUGUCCAAGGAACAGUCCGAGGCGGUCCUCGCGAUGCCGUUGAGACGGUUGACCGGUCUGGAGCACGAUAAGCUGCGCGCGGAGGAGGCGGAUCUCACCGCGAAGGUGGAGCAGUUGAACGCGCUUCUGAGCGACCGCGCGCUGGUCAUCGCCGCGGUGGCGUCCGAGGCGAAAGAACUCCGCGAUAAGUACGGCGUCGAGCGCAAGACGCUGAUCGAUCACUCCGCCGCGAAGCUCGCCGCCGAGGUCGCGGAGGCGAGGCGUCGGAGCCCUCCCUCCGGCGACGGCGGCGAAGACGUCGGGAACGUCGCCGAGCGCGAGAUGGCGGCGGCGGCGUUGUACGCGAAACGCAUGAACAUCCCUCUCGAUUCUUUGGACGCGGAUAACCUCAUCGUGAUGACCGGGAAAGGGUACAUCAAGAGGAUCGACCCGAAGAUUUUCUCGCGCCAAAACAAAGGUACGAUUGGAAAGAAGGGCGGGAGGAUGCGCGGCGGCGACCAGGUCACCAAAGUGACGCACUGCAACGGGCUGGACACCGUGUUGUUCUUCACCGAUCGCGGGCGCGUGUACGCCGUUCGCGCGUACGACAUUCCGCAGUCGUCCACCACCGCGCUCGGGACGCCGUUCACGCGGGUGUUAAAGCUCGCGGAGGGCGAGACGAUCACCGCGAUGUUGCCCGUGGACACCGCGUCGAGGCGCGGCUCGAACGUGGGCGAGCACCUCGUCAUGCUCACCGCGCGAGGGGUCGUGAAGAAGACGCCGAUUUCCGAAUUCGCAAACAUCAAUCGAGCGGGAAAGCGGGCGCUCGGGUUACAGAAGGGCGACCGUUUAAAGCACGUCGAACUGGUGAGAGACGGCGACGGCAUCAUGGUCGCGGGGGUGGACGGCAUGGUCCUGCACUUCUCCAUGGACUCCAUUCGCGCGCAGUCGCGGAUUGGAAGCGGCGUGAAGGCGAUGAAAUUUCGCGAGGCGUCGGCGGGCGCGACGGAGAAGAAGCCGAAGAAGCCGCCGGCGGCGCACAUGUUGUUCGCCGCUGACGCGCGCGCGAACGCGCCGGAAGGGACGUCUUACAACAUGGCGGAGGUGAGCAAGAUGUGGAGAGAACUCUCGGACGAGGAGAAGGCACCGUACGAGGUGAAAGCCGCGGACUUGAAAGAGAAGGCGCGGAGGGAAAACGACGCGGAGAAAAAGUCGGCGCCCGCCGCGGAUGGCGCGGCGGACGACGGCGCGGCGGACGACGACGACGACGGCGAUGCCCUCCCCGUGCUCGUCGCGGGGAUGUCGAUCGUGCCGUCUGAUGUCGUCGCCGCGUUCGAGCUCGCGACGGAGAGCGACGAGGCUGGCGACGACGACGACGCGGGGACGGGGGAUGAAAAACCCGCGGACGAGUGCGGCGCGAUGGUGCUGCUCGUCACGUCGGAGGGCCAAGGGAAGCGCAUCUCCGUCGGGCAGUUCAGGCAGAAAGGUCGCGGCGGGCUAGGAAAUAAAGCGAUCGGGUUAGAGGAAGGCAGCAGAUUAGCCGCGAUGUGCAUAACCGGCGUGGACCCGGCGUUACGAGAGGCUGGGGACGCGGAGUGCGUCGCGGAGGAGGUCAUCAUCGGCUCCACGGCGGGCGUCUUGAACCGGUACGACGUCACCGAGCUCAGGCCGCAGCUCGGACGGAACGCGAAAGGGGUGAAGCUGAUGAAGCUCAACGACGGGGACACGGUGAGGGACAUCACGCUCCUUCCCGUGGACGCGGUCGAGCUGUGAGCGGCGCA